CUGAAACACUGAGCUUCACAAAGCAAAGCAAAACGAGAGUGAUCGGUGAAGCUUUUGAGAAAAGAAUUUUCUCUGCUUUACUGAAAGAGAAAAAUUAUACAAAAUGCCGAUUUACAGAAUUGCCAUUGGAAACCCGGGAGAGGCGAGCCAGCCGGACGCAUUGAAGGCGGCUCUAGCGGAGUUUUUCUCAAUGAUCAUUUUUGUUUUUGCCGGAGAAGGAUCUGGAAUGGCCUUCAAUAAGUUAACGGAUAAUGGUUCAACGACACCGGCAGGGCUUGUAGCCGCAUCACUGGCUCAUGCAUUUGCCCUAUUUGUGGCGGUUUCAGUCGGGGCAAAUAUUUCUGGAGGUCAUGUGAACCCUGCUGUGACAUUUGGUGCAUUUGUUGGAGGACACAUCACAUUGUUGAGAGGAAUUUUGUAUUGGAUCGCCCAGUUGCUCGGAUCAGUUGUUGCUUGCUUACUGCUUAAGUUUUCCACUGGUGGAUUGGAAACAUCAGCAUUUUCACUGUCAUCUGGGGUCUCUGCAUGGAACGCUUUGGUUUUUGAGAUUGUGAUGACCUUUGGACUCGUAUACACAGUGUAUGCGACAGCAGUGGAUCCAAAGAAAGGGAAUGUGGGGAUUAUUGCACCUAUUGCUAUUGGUUUCAUUGUGGGUGCCAACAUUUUGGCUGGUGGUGCUUUUGAUGGAGCAUCCAUGAACCCAGCAGUCUCCUUUGGCCCUGCUGUGGUCAGCUGGACAUGGACUAACCACUGGGUCUACUGGUUAGGUCCAUUUGUUGGUGCAGCCAUUGCAGCCAUUGUCUAUGACCACAUCUUCAUUGGCGACAGCUCGCAUGAACCACUUUCCAACAGUGAUUUUUAAAUACUUCAUCUCCUUUGUCAAUUACAAACACCAUUCUCUCUCAGCUUUUUAGAUCAUGGAGAGAAUAAAGUUUGAAAACAAAGUUGGGUUUAUUUAUACUUCUAUUUAGGUGUGUUGUUGUCUUCAUUUAUGUUACAGGAGUGGAAGUGGGGAGCUUCUUGGUUGUCUUUACUUGUUAUAGUUGUGAAUUUGUGUUGUUUAAUUUGCAAAUUCCUGGUUGAAAAAUUCUCUGUUUCUGGUCA